AUGGGAUCUAAUCAUCUUUCUCUCACUUGGGUUCUUCUUCUUUUCUUCUCAUUACCCUCACAAUUUGCUAUUCAAACUCAUGGAAUCAAGUCCACAAGACUUCUUGAUCUUGCCAUUAGAUAUUACACCUUCAAGUCAUACAAACACUUCAAAACCGGCUUGUCGUAUAACGUCCGUUUGCCGUCAAAUCUCACGGGGAUUAACGUUAGCACGGUUAAGUAUCGUUGCGGAAGCCUCAAACGGUACGGUGCAAGCAUCAAAGAGUUUCAGUUGGGAGCUGGUGUGGACGUCCGUCCAUAUGUAGAGAGAGUUCUUAUAGUAACACAAACCCUAGGAAACAAUUGGUCUCGUAUUUACUACGAAAACUACGACCAACUACUCGGUUAUCGACUCGUGUCUCCGGUUUUAGGGUUACUGGCGUAUAACGCCGAGGACGAUACCAAAUUCAGCAUGCAAUUCGAGGUUAAAAUUCAGUCACCGAACGUGAACGGAAUAAAGAUCGAUUUCAAUAACUACACGAUGGCGAAGAACAACACGUUGGCGGGUCGGAUACAGAUGUGUGCGACGUUUGGAGACGAUGGAAAGGUGACGCUCGAAAAAGAGGUUGCACCGAACAUCUGCGCCACCACGAGCCACGGCCAUUUCGGGUUGGUGGUGCGGUCGCCAUUGUUGCCGGAAAGGAAGAAGAUAAAGCGGUGGAAGGUGGUGUUUGGAAGCUCGGCCGGGGCGGCCAUCGGAGCUUUUCUUCUGGGGUUGCUGUUGAUCGCCAUGUUUGUGAAGGAGAAGAAGAAAGCUAGAUUGGAGGAGAUAGAGAGAAGGGCUUAUGAAGAAGAAGCACUUCAAGUUUCCAUGGCAGGACAUGUAAUUCGAGUUCAAAAUGUUCAUCAAAAUCCACGGUGA